AUGCAGCAAGAAGACACACUUCAUGCUCUAUACCUCUGUCCGAAGUUGGAGGAAAUUUGGCUCUCGGUACAAGCUUGGAACCAGCACAGUCUAAGGCAAAUAAAGAGCUUUGAUGAUCUUAUGGGAUGCAUUUUGGCGGAGAACAGGGAUCCGGAACUAUUUGCUAUGGUUGUAUGGGCUGUAUGGAAGAGACGGAAUGAUAUGAGGGUUGGGAAAAGAGGUGAAAAUCUACCAAACUUGGUGCAAUUAGCUCGAACCAGGUUACAUGAAUUUUUGCUGCAUAAUUAUGCAGAAACAGCAGCUACGGACAGACCCUCAAUGCAGUGGCAGCCACCAGCGCACCAACAGUACAAGAUUAAUUUUGAUGGGGCACUUUUCAAGGAUGAAAACCAGGCCGGAAUAGGGGUGGUGAUUAGGGACAGCAAGGGGGAGGUGAUGGUCUCCUUGGCUCAGCGACUUCCACUACCUAGUACAGCUAUUGAAGUUGAGGCCUUAGCAGCCAGGCGUGCAAUGGAGCUGGCGUUGGAAACUGGUCUCAAUAAGGGGGUGCUGGAAGGUGAUUCACAGAUCCUCAUGAACGCUCUGAAGUCAAACUCUCAUAGCCUUGCACAGUUCGGUCAUAUUAUCAAGGAUAUACAGUACUUAGCCUCUAGUUUCUCCAUUAUUUCUUUUUCUCAUGUAAGGAGGCAUUGUAAUACUAUAGCUCACUCGAUUGCGAGGCGGGCACUUUCUUUUUCGUCAUUACAAGUCUGGAUGGAAGAUGUACCACCAGAGAUUGCAGAUGUUCUUCAGGCUGAUUUUCAUAGCCUUAGCUGA